AUGGCACUGUAUCAAUGCGAGGAUGAACUCGAUAGGCUUUUGCUUCAGCUCCGUACAUCGCUGCACAAGUUUGAACUCCUCGAUGAGCAACAACAAAGUGAUCGCUUUGGUGAGGCUCUGCUGCUAACUGAGAGAGCCAAGGUUGCUGAGAUCAACUAUCUCAAUGAGAUAGAAAAGCUGAAAGUGCAAAGUAGGCAAACACAUUUAACAAGAUUGCGCGAAAAGCAAGAGAAAUUAAGCGAACUUAAGGGCAAACUUGAGGAGCUCCGAACUAUAGUAGAACAAAACGAACAGAAGCACUUUGAGAAACUCAAAGAUGCAGGGGAUCUCAGUCACACCGAGAAACUUAUCGCAUGGGGGGACGAUAUUCAGGAUAAAACACAGGGUGCAAUCAAUCGGAUUAGGACACUAACCAUCACCUCAGAAAAAAUAGGUGCCGAAGUCACUCAAGACAUUGAACGGCAAGCUGAAAGCUUCAAACGUGUCGGUGUUACGAUACAUGCCGUAGAUGAAAAUGUUGUAAGCGCAAACGCGACAUUGAAGCAAAUUGCCAAAGGGGUACUUCGUGAGAGAUUCAUUCAAAUCCUCAUUGUUCUCAUUAUAUUCAUGACUGUUGCGACAAUAUUGCUGUUCGUGUUCGCUGCAAAACGCAAAAACUAA